UAAAUGUGUAUUAAGAGUGGGGCUCAGGCUCGAGGGUGGAGGCAGUGAGAGGAUAGUACCGCAGAAACUGGAAGUGGGUGCGCGUCCCUGAGACCUCGGUUCCAGGGAAAUGGGCACAGCAGCCAGGGUCUCAGUGGGGGAGGGGGAGGGGCUUCUCCCUCCGUAAAGGAUAUAGACGGCAUCUACAUGGGAGGAUGGAGAGAUGUGGCCUCCUUUGGGCAAGAUGGAGCCUGGAGUGGGUCUUGGUCUUGGGGCUGGGCUUGGGUGUGGUGAGAGCCCCAGGGGCUGCAGGCGCAGUGGCUAGUCUGGGCUCCACAGUUAACUGUUCUUUUGGGCCCCUGUGUUCAUCUGUAAAAUGAAGAGAUUAGGUGGCAUUUUGCCUCCUUUCAGCUCAAAGUUUCCAUGAUUCCGUGCUUCUAAUCUGUUUUGGACUGAAAUUUCUUUUAUUUAAGCAUUCCCUCAUAAUAGUUUGUGUUAAUGGUAUAUAGAGUGUGGGGCCUGUACUGGGUGAUGGGCCUGUGUUUAGAUGCCUGUAGUUCUGCGGAGACUGGCAGAACAUUGAUGACGAUGAUGAUGAUUCCAUGUAGAUGGUGCUGGGUUGCAUGGGUUGCACGGGUUAAACGGCGUAGGGGCCCCUAACUGAGCCUGGUAUAUCCAAAAUUGCUUCCUGGCCAAAGUGAUCCCUAAUCUGGGCUGGGAAGGGGAGAGUCGGUCAAGGGUCUUCCAGGACUGGUCAUAGGUGUGGGGGGACAGGGCAAGUUCAGGAUAUGGAUGUCAGGAGGAUGGGGUCUGUUGGGGUGCAGUGGGGAGAGGUGAACAGCGGCCGGAUUUAAAUGGCCCUGCCAGAAAAUUUUUAGUGAAUCUGAAAGUGUGGGGGAGCCAUUGAAGUAUUUUAAGCAUAGUAGUAACACGUCCAAAUUUCAGUUUUAGAAAAAUUGCUUUGGGUUCUCGAUGGCAGAUGGAUUGGAGGGAGCAAGCUAUAAAACUGUCAAAAUCAUCCAGGUGAGAAGUAGUGAGGCCUGAACUUGGGCGGCGAGAUCGUGAAGGUAUUUAAUAUGGCCCCAGUGGGACUUAGUUGCCUACUGCAGAGCUUGGCAGAGGUGGACUGGUAGAUGUACCUGUCCCCCAGUGAGGGUUCAGCUGAGAAAUUCAAGGUUUUUGAGGGCUGCAGUGGCCUGGAGGGCAGAGCUCUCUGUCCAGGUGUACAGGAGACCUGCAUUCAGGCAGAGAAUAUAAUCUCUCUGGGCUCUGCUUUCCUCAUCCAUCAAGGGGGGAAAUACUCCCUCUCUUUCUCAAGGUCCUUUGAAUGCAGCAAGGGGUGGCAAAGUGUUUAUGAAUAACAGUGUGACACUGUUCAAAGGGUUGUUGUUGGCAGUUGGUUUUGGCCCUGCCUUUAGAUUAGGUCAUGGGGUCUCCCCAGGUCCUGACAGGCUCCUGAGUAUUAAUUAGAACUGGGGCUGGGGAAUGUGAGUACAGCUCUCUCUUCUAAAGGGAGGUGGGUGAGCAGAGGCUGGGGAGCAGGAUGCCAUGGGUGUGGGGCAGGCAUGGGGCAGGAGUGGGGUGGGACAGUCCCAGCAAAAGUGUGCAUGUUGGGCAGGUGAAGGUGGAAGUCUGGAAGGAGGUGCCUCAGAAUCUGGGGCUUGGGUUGAGUUGGGGACCUCUGGGAGGUGGGCAGGCUGCCCGUGGACCAGGUCAUCCUCAGGGAAUGCUGACGGGAGCAAAUGGAACCACUAAACCGUGCAGGCUGUUCAUACCAGAGCAACCCCGAGAUGGCAGGGCAGAGACCCGGCCCGCGUUGAUGCUGGGGAGGCCUCCAGGGAUGGAGAAUGGCCUGGCUGGUGGCGGCACAGGAGACGGGCUGGCGAUGAAGAUCAAGCAAGAGAAACCAGACCGGCCGCUGCAGCCGCUGGCCCCGCAGGCCGUGCUUUCUGAGAAGGACAAGGAGAACAUCUUCCAGCAGCGGCGGGGCCUCCCGCCAUGCCAGACCGUGGGGAGGCCUCGAGCCUUGGGGGGACAGGAGGAGGCUGGGGGCCCAAGGCGGGCCCCUCCCACUGAGCAGGAUGGGGGGCUGGCAGGCCAGUCUCCUGGGGCAGUCCCUGCCCUCCUGAGCCCCGCGCUUUCUGCCGGGGAGGGUCACUUUGUGUGCCUGGACUGCGGGAAGAGGUUCAGCUGGUGGUCGUCUCUGAAGAUCCACCAGCGCACGCACACCGGGGAGAAGCCGUACCUCUGCGGCAAGUGCGGCAAGAGCUUCAGCCAGAAGCCAAACCUGGCGCGCCACCAGCGGCACCACACGGGCGAGCGGCCCUUCUGCUGCCCCGAGUGCGCGCGGCGCUUCAGCCAGAAGCAGCACCUACUCAAGCACCAGAAGACCCACUCUCGGCCCGCCACCCACUCGUGCCCCGAGUGCGAGCGCUGCUUCCGCCACCAGGUGGGCCUCCGCAUCCACCAGCGCGCGCACGCCAGGGACCGCCAGGGCGCCCGAGCCGGCCUGCACGAGCUGCUCCGGGACGCGACGCCGCGCCUGGCCUGUCGCCUGCGGCCGGCGGCGCCGCCGCGGGGGCGCCCCGAGUGGGCCUGGCUGGGGCUCUGCCAGGGCUGGUGGGGCCAGCCUGGGGCCCGGACCGCAGAGCCCAGCCCCUCGGGGCCCGGCGAACAGCGCCAGUUCAUCUGCAACGAGUGCGGCAAGAGCUUCACCUGGUGGUCGUCGCUGAACAUCCACCAGCGCAUCCACACGGGCGAGCGGCCCUACGCGUGUCCCGAGUGCGGCCGCCGCUUCAGCCAGAAGCCCAACCUCACGCGCCACCUGCGCAACCACACGGGCGAGCGCCCGCACGCGUGCCUGCACUGCGGCCGCGGCUUCCGCCAGAAGCAGCACCUGCUCAAGCACCUGCGCACGCACCUGCCGGCCGCGCAGGCCGCGCCCUGCCCCCGCUGCGGGAAGAGCUGCCCCAGCCGCGCGGCGUUGCGGGCCCACCAGCGCGCGCACGCCGCCGCCGAGCUGCUGCGCCCCGGGCCCGCCGUCCCGGGCGGGGAGCCGGGCUCCGAGGGGCCCCAGGGCUCGGCGGCUUCUCGCAGCACCCAGCGGGCCCGAGGAGCCGGGGACGCCAUGUGGGGCGGGGGGCGCGCGGGCCUGGCCGGGCCCAAUGAGCCGCGCCAGUUCAUCUGCAACGAGUGCGGCAAGAGCUUCUCGUGGUGGUCGGCGCUCACCAUCCACCAGCGCAUCCACACCGGGGAGCGGCCCUACGCGUGCCCCGAGUGCGGCCGCCGCUUCAGCCAGAAGCCCAACCUCACGCGCCACCGGCGCAACCACACGGGCGAGCGGCCCUACCUGUGCGCCGCCUGCGGCCGCGGCUUCCGCCAGAAGCAGCACCUGCUCAAGCACCAGCGCGUUCACCGCGGAGCCCUGGCGCCCAGCCCCAAGGAGGAGGCGCGCUAGUGGACUGCGGCCACAGAACCCUGGCGGUGGUGGGCGGACGCGUGUCGGGGAGCGCGUGGGGAAUGGGGUGGCCAGGAGCGCUGGCUCUUAGAAACCCCUGCGGGGAAACCAGUGGUUUCCUCAAGGCUCUGAAGGCCUGAGAACAGAGUUCCAGAAGCAUCCCAAAGGGUGCUGGGAAAAAAGGUCCUGGGGUGUGCUGAGGGAGGAGGUAAGAGCAACAUUCCUCACUCCGGAGCUGGGAGGUGUCGCGGUGGGCUGGGGGCCGUCCAGGUACCUUUUCAGAGGUUGGACCCCUGGCCUCAAGCAUCGAGUGGUGUGGCGGGGCUGUUGGUGCCAAGUGGCCCAGGUCUGGACUGGUCAGCCAUAGCACCAGCCUGUCACACUUGGGCUGCAGGAUGGCCAGGGGGCUGCCCUGUGGGACAGUCCCGGCAGACUCAGUGAUACCAAGGAUGGGAGCCAGAGGCCGUGGCUAGGGAGGGGCACGCAUAUCCCCAGCACCAAGGCCAGUGCCGGCACUUAGUGGCUGUUCAAUAAGUAUUUUUGGAAGGAGGGAAUGGUUGGAUACCCUCCAACCCCGAGUGCCCCACUGCCCAGGCAGGGUGCUGGGUAUGGUGGGCUGACGCUAGGACCGGUGUGUGUGUGUGUGUGGUGGGUGGGCAUGGGGUGGUCUCAGCUGAGGUUUGGUUGCUUGGGGAGGGGAGCUGGCUGGCAGAGCCAGAUGUGCUGCUCCUACUCUGGUCUGGGUGUGUGCCCCAAGUGGCCUGGCUGACUUCACUGACUUGGAUCCUAUCAAUCCCAGUCUUGCAGAAGAGCAAAUGAAGGAUUGAAUACUC